AUGGCCAACAAUCAGGGUUCCAUCGCCAAGGACGUCAGCCUGGCCAACCCCCCUUCGGACAGUAUCUCGCAACUGAGCUGGUCGCCCGUCGCCAACCACCUGGCGGUGUCGUCGUGGGACCAGACGGUGCGCAUCUACGACGUUUCGCAGUCGGUGACGGGAGAGGGCAAAGCACUGUUCAACCUCGCAGCGCCAGUCCUGGGCUGCGCCUUCUCGCCCGACGGUGCGAAGGUGUUGGGGGGAGCGGCCGACGGGUCCGCGCGACUGAUGGACCUGGCGGCGGGCAAAGAGGCGCAGCAGGUCGCGGCCCAUGAUGCCCCCGUUCGCUGCGUCCGCUUCUGUGGGAAUAUCGCCGUCACCGGCUCGUGGGAUCAAACGGUCAAGUAUUGGGAUCUGCGCCAGGACCGACCCCUGGCGACCCUCCAGUGCCAGGAGCGCGUCUACGCCAUGGAUCUCUGCCAGAACCUGCUCGUCGUGGCCACGGCCGACCGCCACGUGCAUCUCGUGCAGCUGAGCAACCCGGGCCAGAUCUACCAGACGGUGACCAGCCCCCUGAAGCAUCAGACGCGCACCGUCACCUGCAUCCCAGAUGCGUCGGGGUUUGCGAUCGGGAGCACCGAGGGUCGCACCGGGUUUCACUACGUCGACGAGAGCAAGUCCAGUCAAAACUUCACCUUCCGCUGUCAUCGCGACCUGGCUGCCGGGAAAACCGCGCAGAACGUCUACGCGGUGAAUGACAUCUCCUUCCAUCCCAAGUACUACACCUUCAGCACCGCCGGGGCGGACGGCACCUUUGCCUUCUGGGACAAGGACGCCCACCACCGUCUAAAGCCAUUCCCCACCGUCGGGGGCCCCAUCACCUCCACGGGCUUCAACCACGACGGUAGUAUCUUCGCCUACGCCGUGAGCUACGACUGGAGCAAGGGCUUCCGCUACAACACCCCCGAGCAUCCCACGCGCGUGGGGCUUCACCCCGUCGACGACGCCGAAUGCAGGCCCAAGGGUAAGAACCCCGUCAAACGAUAA